CCAUUCCCCUCUGGUAGUUAUUUGCUCCAGGAUAGUCUUCACUUAGUGGCUUCACACAAGAAUAGGUGAGGAAAUCGUAGCAAAGACCAUGCCUCCGGAUGAACACCAGAACACCACGCCUGCCAAAAGGGCCUUGAAAAAGAUCAGAACAGCUAGCCUGGUCAUCAGUUUGGCACGGGGCUGGCAGCAGUGGGCAACGGAUCACAAUACAAAGCAAUCUCAGGAGCCCAGUGGAUGGGUGCCCAAUGAAGAGAAGCCACUAGAGAAGCCACUAAGCAUUCCCUCAAGAGAGAGACACUUCCCAAAACAAUCUGCUCCUGUUAAGAAAGGCCAAGCAAAGGAUGAACCAAAUCAUCCUUCUGGACAGCAAGUACCAAAAGAAAAUGGAGAACAAAGCCCAAACGAGUCUGGUGAAGCCCUCCAGAAACUUAACAUUAGAAGCAAAGAAGUAACCAAAACAGUUGUAAGUAAACUGUAUGAAAGAAGCAGUGGCAUUAGUCUCCUCAGCGACAAGUAUGAAAAAGACAAUGGGUGUGCUGCUGAAAUGGACAAGAGUAAUGAAGACUCCAGAAAUAUUGACAGACUUCUUAGUGGUAGAAUGUCCCCUACGAGGAGGAGAAAGUGCUCUAACCUGGUAUCAGAGCUCACAAGGGGCUGGAAACAGAUAGAAGAGGAAGACAAGGCCCAGGAACUAGAACCACAAAAUUAUCACAGUGACAGCUUGGAAACUGAGGAUAGUGGCUAUGGGGGAGAUGCCGAGGACAGAUUUGAUGUGGAAGACAGUAGCCAAGAAACUGUGAGUGCUGUGAGGAUAAAACGGCCUUCAUCAUCAAUUGCAAACAGAAGCAUCAAAGCUCCAAAAAAAUAUAAUCCUGUUCAUAACCUGAGAGGCAGAUGGGAAGGCUGGGCCGACGAGCACGUGUUGACGCAGAAGCUCAACCCUUUUAGUGAGGAGUUUGACUAUGAGUUGGCCAUGUCCAUGCGCCUGCACAAAGGCGAUGAAGGCUACGGUCACCCGAAAGAAGGCACAAAAACCGCCGAAAGGGCCAAGAGGGCAGAAUGCCACAUCCACCAGGAAAUGAAAGACAUGUGCUUCAUCAUCCGAACAAUGGCACGGCAUCGUCGCGAUGGCAAGAUCCAAGUCACGUUUGGUGAGCUAUUUGACAGAUAUGUCCGGAUUUCGGAUAAAGUUGUUGGCAUACUCAUGAGGGCCAGGAAACAUAGGAUGCUGGACUUCGAAGGGGAAAUGUUGUGGCAAGGUCGGGAUGAUUAUGUGAUAAUAACUUUGUUGGAAUAACAGCUAUGCACUAUGCUUCAUGGGACAAUGCAAAGCAUAUUGAUUACUUUUACUACCAGUUAGCACAGAAUUUCUGCGCUUACCAGAAAGAACGUGACGUUAAUGAUCUGAACUUUCUCCCAUGACAUCACAUCUAUGUGUUACUAAGGUCAUGUACUUUGUCAGCCAGUAGCAUCUGGACUGAACUGUGCAGCAUUCUUACAAAAGUAGACUUACAGAAAAGGGAGUGAAAUCAACAUACUGUAUAUGCAGAAUGUAAUUGUUAAAAAUCCACCCUUUGAACCACAAAGGCGGCCUUGUAAAGAGUUCAGUGCACACUGUAUCCCUGUGGAUUUCCAUGUAAUAGUGGUGGCCAGUCAAUCUGCGAUCAACAUUUGUGUUCUGCUACAUGUUUCAGUAUUAAAAGAGUGGAAACUUAGGGGCAUGAACUGGACAUCUAUUGUAUGCCUAUUUCAGGGCCCUGAAAAUGUAUCCUGUGUUGUGUAAUCAACUAUACUGUAGCAUUACAUAUAUACAGAAACAUUACUGAUAUAAAUUGUGUAUUCAUGUGUGUAUAUACCAAGUAUAUUUUAUAGCAACCACUAUAAUUUCAAGAGUCCAAAAUCAAUUUUGUACACAAUCUAUGGCAAAUUGCAACUGCUUUGAACUGCAUAAGGAGAUUGCUUUUUUAAUGUAGAUAAUUAUAUUUAUUUUUAUAUUUAUAAUUAUGUAUUCAUGGCACUUGAUUGCCAGUGCUUGAAAAAUGUACAGAAUAGAUAGCAGAUAAAGAACACGAUAGUCUUAAAAGUGAUUCCACCGCCCACCACAGUAGGUUUUCUUUCAAACUGAAAGAUUGCACAUCUUCUUAUAGAAGAAACAUGUAUGAAUAUGUUGUGUCAACAUAAGGAUGAAGUUAUUCUCAGAUUUACAUGCAUGCAGGAAUUUCUUUUAAGAGGGAAACAUACUUCAAUACUGAAUCAGCGCAGUAUCAAAAACUAUGAUAUUAAGUGGUUUUUGAAGGAAAUAGCUGAUUCACAAGCAUAGACUUGCACAAACAUUUAGGAGAAAUAAAUAGAAAUGUGUUAGAAAACAAAGUAUUUUGCCUCUAAGGAAUAAAUUCCAUACUUUUCUAAGCAUGGAAUAUCACUUCAGUGAUAUUAACAUUGUAUAUAAUGUUGCUUCCUUUGUAGGAAGUGGAGCUGUGGGGAAUGCUAGUCUAUUAAAAAAAAUUUAAAAAAUCCCUGGACAAGAACAUUCUGAACAGUCUGCAUUGGGACUGAAUUUGGAAACUACAGAAUUAAGUUCCAAGAUGCUGUCACAGUUCUCUAGUUGUACUUGUCUUCCUAUGCAUGUUUUUUGGGCUUUUUAUUGCAAUCACAACUAUUUUAUUCAGGUUUUCUGCUCAGGAUCAUUAAUUUUAAACGUGCUCAAGUACCGGCCGCUCUCUAGAUUUGGUUCAUGGAUGGCACAACUCAUUUGUUCCCCAGGUUGCUGACGGCAUGGGCCAGUGGUUCAAAAGUAAGAUGCAGAUACUGACUGUUCUUGUCAAAUACAGGGACUUUAUCCAUCACCACGGUCCCUUUGUUAGUUUACAUUAUCUUAUUUAUAUACCACCUGAUAUAUAUAUAUAUCUCUAGGCAAUGUAAAUAGUCCUAAAUACAAUAUUAAAACAUAAUAUUAAUGGAAAGCAUUUUUAUAACACCCUGCAUGAAAGCUCAAAUUGUUUAGGGCAAUAUCACUUACUGGAUCAGACUAAUCUAGUCCGUCCUAGGAAGCCACAAGCAGAACAUGAAGACAGUAGCCAUUACCUGCUGUUUGCUCCAGCCUGGGCUUUCAUUGGCAUACUGCCCUGCAAUCUGGAGGUUCCCUUAUGACCAAUAGCUAUUAAUAGACCUCUCCUCAAUAAUAAUAAUAAUAAUAAUAAUAAUAAUAAUAAUAAUAAUAAUAAUAAUAAUAAUAAUAAUUUAUUAAAUUUCUAUACUGCCCUUCCAAAAAUGGCUCAGGGCAGUUUACACAGAGAAAUAAUAAAUAUUAUUUAUAAAACUUAAAUUUCUUUAAUUCCUCCCUUUAAAGUUGUCUAAUCCGAAAGUCAUAAUCGCACCUUUUGGCAACAAGUUUUCAUAAACCAGUAGUUGUGGGUUGUGUGAAAGUGUACUUACUUGCCUGUCCCAAUUCUACUACCAAACAUAUGAAUAUAAGCCGCCUUAUAGCGAGUCAGAUCCUUGGUGUAUCUUGCUCAGCUUUGUCUACACUGACUGGCAACAUCUGUCCAAGGUUUCAGGGAGGAGUCUCUCCCAGCCCUACCUGGAGAUGCCAAGGAUUGGAGCUGGGGCUUCUGCAUGCAAAGCAAAUGCUCUUAACACUGUACUAUGCACCCAUCCCUGAAUCAUUUUUCAUUGGAUGACCCUUGUUCAGUGAUGGCAAAUGAAAUUGAUUUAUUUAUUGUAACUGGGGAUGAUGGGAAAUGCAGUCCAACAACUGGAGAACAUCAGGUCGGCCAGCCCUGUCAUAGGAUUAUGCAACAGGGACAAACUCUUUGUCCAUUGGGACUGCAAACUCCUCACAUAUCAUCCUUAAUCACAACUAAAACAGUGCUUGGAAUAGAAUCUGCACAGCAUCCCUCCCACGGUUGAUGCUGAUGUCUCUCAAGUCCCUUUUUAGAUUGUUAACCCUUUAGGGACAGGGAGCCCACUCCUUAAACUGUGUUGAGAACUUUCAUUGAAAAGUGGUAUACAGAUAGUAAUAGCAGCUGUUUCCCAUUUUUUCCACUGGAAAGGGCCCAUUUACCUCUACACAAACUGAUUACUACUCUAAACCAAGUUUACAGUAGCCUGGGUAAGAAGUCUGUUGACUGUUUUCAAACAGUAUCCAAAUAGUCUUGAGAAUAGCACAAGCAGGGCAGGAAGGUAACAGGCCUCCUUUGCUGCUUGUUCCCCAAUUACUGGUAUCAGGUCCAAACAGAGAAUUGCAGCUACUCACUAUUGUGGAUAACUAUGGACAGACCUCCAUGAACUUGACCUAAACCUUUCUAAGGCUGGGCUGCACAACUUUGGCCCUCCUGCUGCUGUUGGACUACAAUUCCCAUCAUCCUCAGCCGCAAUGGCCAAUGGUUAGGGAUGAUAGGAGUUGUAGUCCAACAACAGCUGGAGGGCUGAAGCUGAGCAGCCCCUGUUCUAAGGCAAAGGCAUGCCUAAACAUGGAGCUGUACAAGGUACCAAUGAGUGGACUGUGCUACUUUAGAUUGUGGCGAGUGCCAUUUUGAAAUGCUCCACAUGGGAGAAGAGUGAUUCUCAAAAAUUAAGAGUAAUCAGGGAGAGAGGUUUUAGUCAGCUUGCUCCGUGCUGGAUUAGUUUUCCAUUUUCUGAAAGGGAAUCUUUCAUAAAGGAAGUAUUCAAAAACCAGCAAUAGAAAGUGGAAUAAUAGACAGCAGCUUAAAGAAAUGAAAAGUGACUUCAGCUGAUUGGGUCUAGCACUGUGGAUGUCUUGGCACAGCAGAAGAUUACAUGAAAAGUCUGUCUCUAUGUAUCUAAAUGAAACGAGAUGCUGGACCUUUGGUCUGAUUCAGCUACAUCAGGGGUUCUCAACUUUGGACCCUAAUAUGGUUGCCUACAACAUCCAUAGUCAUAAUGGCCAAAGGUAAUUUUUUAUCUUUUAUUUAUCUCAGUCUUUUAACUGGAAAUUGACUGCAGCCAGGGGUGCUUUAAAUGCCAAAGAAUUUCCCUGGCAACUGGCCCACAAUACUAUGGGAAAGAAACCACUACCACAAUGUCAUGUUUUUGCCAUCAUUGCUGGGAAAAAUAGGACAGCUCCCAAUAACCACAGGGAACCCACUGCUUGGAAUCAGGUAAUCCUCCCACCAAUGUACCAAACCAAUUGGAUGCAUGUUUUUGAUAUGAUGCUUCUCCCCUGUGCAUCAACAUACUGCAAAAUUAAGUUUUGAAUCGGAACUAAUUCAAACACCAAUCAUUUGUUCAGUGCCCAGCUGUACCAAUCAGUUUUCUAUUAUAUAUAUUACGUUCUUCCACUUCCUUUAGCUGCUUUGUUAUUUCAUAUCACCGUAUCAAGAUUUUUUUAAUAGGUUGGAUUUGAUUACUUAUGCUUUUCUCCUUUAGGCAAAAGAAGCAACAGUUCUAUUUAGGCUUCAGUUAAAAGUCUUUACACAAAAAUAUAUUCUAAGCACUUUGCUCCUACAGUUGCUCAGAUUUUAUCCCUGUGCUCUAAUGCUAGUGUGUGCAUGUUUUAUUUAUUUCUACUUUGUAUACUGCUUUUCACUUCAUGUUCCCAAGACAAUUUACAAACAUAAGAAAGCAAAAAAAAAAACAUCAUCAAAGAUAACACAAUAGCAAAAAACCAAGACCACAAAGGCAACUAGGUAAAAGGCUGGCUAAGCCAAUGUUAACUGCAAAGGGAAAGAAGAUCUGAAUGCUUCAGAAAGAAGACCUGAAUGAAGUGGGACUAUAUGGAGCACCAGAGUUUUUUCUCCAGCCUGCAAGCUUUUGAAGCCAUUUUGAGGAUUCCCAGCUUCAAGGCAUGUAUUUGAGAUAUGUAUGUAGUUAAUGUGUAGUCUUCAAGGUUGCAGAAUAUAAGAUACACGAUAAGACUUACAUAAGCAAAAACAAAUAUCGAAAUUGUAACUAUACGAGAUGUUCUUUUAAACAAAUACUUAUUUUGGUAUUUUCACAUGCCAAAACCGUCGUCAUCAAUAAUGUCGAGUGAUGUUAUCUUCGUUUAUCUAGGAGUCAUUUUGCUUAGAUUUUUAAUAAAAUGAGGAUGGAUUUCAAA